AUGGCACAUAUACUUGGAAAAAGAGGCAAACCAUUUAGUGACAUUGAAAUAAUUAAAGAAUGCAUUGUUGAAGCAGUGAGUAUGUUAGAUCCAAGAAAUGUCAACAAAUACAAACAAUUAGCUCUUUCAAGAAGAACUGUAACAGAUCGACAGCACGAAUUAGCGCAAAAUGUAACAGAGCAACUUCAAACAAUUAUACAAAAUGAAGAUGUUUAUUUUUCAGUUGCUUUAGAUGAAAGCACUGAUAAAACAGAUUCGGCACAAGUUUUAUAUUUUAUUCGUGCUAUAACUAAAGAUUUUCAAUGUUACGAAGAACUACUUGCGUUGGGUACACUAACUGGAAGAACUCGCGGAGCCGAUAUUUUCGAAAACUUCAAAGAAGUAUGUAAUAAAUUACAAUUGAAUGUCACAAAAUCUACCAUUUUGCAAGACACUCUGGAUAGAACCAUUGCCAUUGUCAACUAUAUUCGCGUAAAUGCAAUGCGUCAUCGUGAAUUUCGGCAGAUGCUCUCUUUAGAUGAGGAAACGUAUAGUGUUGACCUACCAUACUACUGCAAGGUUCGCUGGCUAUCAACAGGUCAGGUUUUGAUAAAAGUUUUGUCUUUACGACGACAAAUUUUAAACUUUUAUCAAGAACAAGGAAAACAAUGUGAUCUAUCAGAUGAAGUAUUUCUCAAAAACCUUGCAUUUUUGUCUGAUAUGAUGACAAAACAAAACAAUUUAAAUAUUUGCCUGCCAGGUGAAACGAGGUAUAUUUAUGAAAUGUGGCAAAAGAUCCAAGCUUUUAGAAAAAAAUUAUCAUUUUUCAAAACAUUGCUUUGUCGAUCGGAAAUAUCUGCACUACACUUCCCGGAGCUAGCUAAAAUGUUAAAUGAGCAGAACUGUGAAAAUAAAAUAUUCGAUGAAUAUGUAUGUGUCUUGGAUUGUUUAAUAGAAGAGUAUACUAAAAGAUUUUCUGAUUUUGACGAGCACACUCCUGCUAUGAAACUUGCAUUUGAACCACAUUUAAUAGAUAUAUCUGAGGCUCCUGCAGAACUACAAAUGGAGUUAAUUGAUUUAGGGGAAGAUAGUAUCAUCAAAUCCCUUUUUAGCGCUAAAAAGGAUCCCAUAGAAAUCUGGAAAAAUGCUGUUGAAUAUCCAUGCCUUCGAGAACAUGCUCGCCGUUUACUUUCCUGCUUCGGAAGUACCUACUGUUGCGAGACAACAUUUUCUCUCAUGUCAAAAAUAAAAACAAAUUUAAGAACGCAAAUUACAGAUGCACAUUUGGAGGAUCAAUUAAAGCUGUGUGUUACGAAACUUGAUCCAAAUAUACAAUUACUAUCAAACAAAAAACAAAGCCAAAUAAGUCACUAA